AUGUCGUCGUCAUCAUCUCUUCGACAGCAUCAGCGUAAAUCGGUAAUGGUCGAUAGUGGACAUUCUCCAUUGGGUAGAAAUCAUAGUGUGGGUGCUCCUCCACAUCACCAUUCCUCAUCAACAUCGUUUGUAACUCAAAGAUCAUAUAGAUCACUUCCAUCACCAAAAACAACAACAACAACAACAACAACAAUGUCGACGACGACACCAACAGAUGAUGUUUUAUAUGAAGAUGAUAAUAAUAAGCAACUGCAUGAAAAGAACUCAAAUAAUGUUUUGAAUUUCCCACAUCAAAUUAGUAAUUUUCAUCAUUCAUCGAUAAAUCAAAAAAUCAAUGAAACAAAUAUGCCACGGUCAACACGUAAUUUAUGUGGUUCACUUAUACCUUUACAAUCAUCUUCAUCAUCACCAAAUCUUAAUCAUCGUUCUACAGAAAAUGAUCAUUUGAGUCCGUUGAUUAAUAUUCCUAUUUCAUUUCAAAAGCCUGAUUUAAAAUAUAGAAACCUAGGACGUAAUGGUUUACGAGUAUCUCAGUUAGGCCUUGGCACUUGGGUUACAUUUGGUGGACAAAUAUCGGAUGAUGUUGCGGAAGAAUUACUCACUGUUGCAUACGAUAGUGGAAUUAAUCUAUUUGAUACAGCAGAAGUUUAUGCAGCUGGAAAAGCGGAAAUAACACUUGGAAAAGUGCUAAAAAAGAAAAAAUGGAAACGAUCAAGUUACAUUAUAUCAACAAAAUUAUAUUGGGGUGGAAAAGCUGAAACAGAAAAAGGACUUUCAAGAAAACAUAUUAUUGAAGGCUUAAGAGCUAGUCUCGAACGUUUGCAAUUGGAUUAUGUUGAUAUUGUAUUUGCUAAUAAACCUGAUACAUCAGUACCCAUGGAGGAAAUCGUUCGGGCAUUUACACAAGUCAUUAAUGACAAUCAUUGUUUUUAUUGGGGAACAUCAAGAUGGUCACCGAUGGAAAUAAUGGAAGCAUAUUCAGUAGCUCGUCAAUUUAAUUUAAUCCCACCAAUAUGUGAACAAGCUGAAUAUCAUUUAUUUCAACGUGAUAAAGUUGAAGUUCAUUUACCCGAGAUCUAUCAUAAAAUAGGCAUUGGCACUAUGACGUGGUCACCAUUGGCAUGUGGCUUAUUAACUGGAAAAUAUGAUGAUGGUGUACCAUUACAUUCAAGAGCUGCACUUAAAGGUUAUGGGUGGUUAAAAGAUAAAAUCUUAAAUGAUGAAGGUCGAAAACAACAGAGUAAAUUAAGAGAAUUAGCAGUUUUAGCAUCGAAAUUUGACUGUACGCUUGCUCAAUUAGCUAUCGCAUGGUGUUUAAAAAAUGAUAAUGUUCAUUGUGUAUUAGUCGGUGCGUCAUCAGUAGAACAACUCUAUGAAAAUAUUAAUUCAAUACAAGUGGUUUCAAAAUUAACUCCAUCGAUCAUGGCUGAUAUUGAUCGAAUACUUGGAAAUAAGCCUACUGUUCGAUUACCAACCAAAAGUGAACCAACUUUUCAAACGCAAAUUCAAAUACCAACACCAACACCACAACCGCAGCGAUAA